AUGGCAACCCCACGAACCCCCAAAAGCAGCCAUGACUUCAAUCUGCUUAUCAACAAUCUCAAUGUGACGUUUAACCUAGACCUUCCGAAUCCUGCAGUAUCAACCCCGAAACGCCGGCCUGGGGAGGAACGAACAUUUCCCGAAAGAUGUGUUGGUCUCAUGAAGUUUCUAUAUUACAACAAUCCCGACAAUGUUCAGCGAGUUAUCGAUUCCUUCCAGGAAUGGGCGAGGGCGUUUUUGUCGGACUGGAUGCCCAAGACACGCCAAGAACCGGGCACUCUGCCAUCAUCGCGUCCAUUUAUCCGCAGCAACACCCUGUCUAUGGCGAGGAAUAUCACUCCGGAACAGCGGGUUAAAGUCCUGGAUUACUUGUGGACUCUCUUGCGUGAUGAGGAAUACAUUGUGACCAUGGGGGCGUCUAGAAUAUCUAAAGACGUGAAUACCACACCUUCCACUGAACAGUCAUUGACAGAAUUGGAAUCCGGCUCUCCAGCUUCAUUUGCUGGAGGAUCAAUAUCGGGAUCCGCAAUUGUAUCCCCCAACUUCCUUCGAAAGCAAACAUCAAGUAAAAUGGCUUCUCCCUCUAAAAGAAAGAGCGGCGUCAAUGAUUCCGAGGUACUUGUGACUGCUCCUAAUUCCCCUUCCCAUUCGUUCCAUAUUACCACGUUGUCAUCGGAUGAUGAAUUUGAGUAUUCCGAUCUGGACAACUUCGAUAUUGCUCCCAUUGUUGAUUCAGUGGAUUCGGCUGAUUCAUCGGAUAAUAAUCACCAGAAACAAGGGAAAACAUCACAGAAAGCUCAAAAACAACGGAGAAUAGAAGAGUUCAUGACAAUUUCCAAAAAAGUCCAGAGUACUUUUUCACCCCCAACCUUCGGGAAAACGCCUCUAGGUAAUCAGAACUCGGAACAUAAUGCGAACACGAGUUUUUCAACAAUAGCAAGCAAGCCAACCUCCUCAACUACAUCUUUCGGAGCUAGUACUGUGGCUACAUCCUUUUCCCGUGGCUUUGGAAAAAAUCAGUUGAUUGAGAUUUCACAAGGCCCUUCGACAAUCCAGGCCUUACAAAGUGAAGAAGCCACAGCCCUGUUCGAGAACGCAAGUUUUGGACACAAUCCUGGGCUGGAUUGUCGAGAAGACAAAAUCCGUAAUAUUAUUCGAGAUCUUGAAGAGAAUGGGCCUUUCUCAAAACAACAUAUUAUCAACAGUACUGUUCCGCUUCGAUACCGAUACGAGGCCCAAAGGGCUGCCCAUUCUCGUCGUAUUCCAGUUGAAACCCUUCUCGAAAAAGUAGAUCGGGAUCGGCGCAAGUUACCUGAAUAUGAGGAUUUCUGGAAUCACCUCCAUGACGGUCUGCCAACAUCCUUGGAGAAAACGAAGUCAGGGCCUUGGGAAAUGGCAGUAGAAAUGUAUGAGGAUAAGCUUUCAACCGGUGACGUUGUUACUCUCAGUGGUAAAUUGUCGUGGUGCAAACGGAAGGGCUAUUUUGACCUUUCUCUGAACCCUCUAAAAUUUGAAAGAAGUUACCGUUUUUGCAGACGAUUUGGAUCUGAUCGAUUCCUUGAAAUAACAUUCCCAGUCUUGACAAGCCCACCAUCUCGCCUUGCCAGGGAUACGGAAGAAAGGGAAAUUUUACUGGAAGCGAUCUCGAGAUGGUUAGCAAACAGUGAACAUCAUCUCCUUGGGAGGGUGUGGAGAUCGUUUUACCUUGAAGAUGUUAAAGAGAAAUCAAAAAGAACCCCAAGGAAAAACGGCAUAGAAAUGUCGCCCGAACUGGAAACAGGUUCUAAGCGAAGUAGGGUGUUUUUGUUUGCAAUCAGUGGAACUGACUUCGGCGAAUCCACGAUGGGAAUUCCGCUCCAGAACCAAACCUCUGGAAACCGGACAAAGAUGAGUAUAGAUGCAUUAAUUAACUGGCAUAUGCCUAUAGCCGAUAAUAUCCAUCAAUCUGACUGCAAGCUAUUCCAGCGACUCGCACUUGGGCUGUCACGUACACUGAGCACGGUGGUUCUACGACGGGAGGAGGUCAUAUUUUGUCCGGAUCCACCUGGAUCCGUAAUGAAUGAUGGCUGUGCGCUUAUGUCGAGAUCACUUGGGUUGGAAAUCAAGCGUAUUUUGGAUCUGGAAGCCCUGCCCGCCUGCUAUCAGGGCAGAAUUUCUGGCGCAAAAGGGAUAUGGAUGGUCGAUUGCGAUGAUUCAAGGUUUAAGGGUGGGGAUCGAGGUUUCGGACUGGAAAUUACUGAGUCACAGCUUAAAAUAAGUUAUCCACCUGGACCUCCUCACAAUCCAAGGCUAGUUGACGAUACGCAGUUGACAUUUGAGGUGGUUCAGUGGUCGCAGCCACUCAAUCCUUCCUCCCUCAAUCUGCAAGUUCUCAAGGUCCUUCAACAUGGCGGUGUUGGCCACAGUCAUAUUAAAAAACUCAUACAGCAAGAAAUUUCUAUUUUUUAUAAGGAAUUCUUGAAAGUUAUACAUCUUUCCAAUGGUGUUGCAUGUCGCAAAUGGCUUCAAAAGAUGAAGCGUUUCGGUGAUGACGGAUACAGCUAUAAACGGCAAACCCGUCGUAUUGAUAACUUCUUCCCAUCUCAAUACGUGGAGCAGGCAGUCCUUCUUCUGGAUAGCGGUUUCUUACCACUAAAACUUCCAUACUUAACACAACUCUUCAGAUGGAUCCUGAAGGAUUACCUUGACAGCCUCAGAAAGUUAAAAGUCAGUGUCUCUCAAUCGACGUAUGCAUAUUGCAUUGCAGAUCCUCUUGGAGUAUUAAGCCCGGACGAGGUACAUUUUGGGUUCUCCCACGAAUGGGAAGAUGGAUCAGUUGUGGUUGGUACGGAACUGCACAACAUUAAUGUUCUAGUCGCUCGCCUUCCUGCUCAUCUUCCAACCGAUAUUCAAAAGAGAAGGGCGGUUUACAAAAAUGAGCUACGUCACUUUAAAGAUGUGAUUAUUUUUCCAACCACCGGUGAUGUCCCAUUAGCUUCUCUGCUUUCUGGCGGUGAUUAUGACGGAGACCAAUGCUGGGUUUGUUGGGAUCCAAUCAUUGUGGGAGAAUUUUCAAAUACCCAGUUCGACCCAAAGACCAUACCAUCCAGUGAGCAGCUUGGCCUGGUGUGUUAUUCCUUGCCUAUGAAUCAGAUGCGUUCUAUAGAUCAGUUCCUUGCCAAAGUUUUUCUGUUCAAUGCGAAGCCGUCGCAACUUGGACCUUGUACCAUCGAGCACGAAACUCUCUGCUACCAUAACAACGACCUUGGUUGUAAAGGUGCAGUUACGUUGGCCUGGUUACUCAGCUAUCUAGUUGAUAGCAAGAAGGCCGGGUUGGAACUACCAGGCAAGGCUUGGAGGCGUUUACGAGCAGAGUACAUGCCGGUGAAAUUGGAGCAGCCAGCCUACAAAACCUUCGAGCAUGAGAAGCGAAAUAGUUCCAACAUCGUUGACUAUCUGCUUUUUGAUGUGAUAAAAGCCGAGAGCGAUAGAAUACUCGAAGAUUUUGAUAGGUUUUGUGAAGAACAUUCCGGCCUCCCCAUUGACCCUCACUUAGUUGAAGCUUGGAACAAAGCAGAACAGCGGGCGGCAAAUGAAAAGCAGGGCGGUAAGCUUGAGCUAUAUGAUGCUCUGCAAGGUAUCAAAAGAAAACUUAGAAAUGUCAAGGAAGAGUGGGACGCGUGGAAGAAGUUAACAAAUAAUACCUCGUAUGCCAUGAAGAUUGCUGAGGCGGCACAAAGACUACAGCAGGUUCAGCCGCCAUCUUUCGAGCAUGACCUGAGUUAUACGUGGCGAAACAGCCAAUAUGAGUGGGAAAGAUUUCGCGCAUCAUGCGCAUACAAAGAUUCCAGAGCAGAUUUUGUUUGGUAUGCGGCGGGCCCCAUUCUCUGCGAAAUGAAAGCAAGGGCGUUGGGAGGAUACCGGAUGGUUGAAAGUCAGAUUUAUAGCACCCUAAAAGUAAAUCGAAAUUCUGCCAAGAGGGCUGUGGGGCGCAUUAUGAGACGCAAGAGUGGUGAGGAAAGUGACUGA